GCUACUCUUACCUCCAAAUCCAACGAUGAACUACCAGCAAAGACUGAUGGCAGCGGCCAAGUAUGUCUACGCCGGCGACUCCCCCGCCAGAGAUGAUCCGGUGGUCAAUCCCGUUGACUUCGGAAUCACUGCCACUCUCAAACCUCACCAAGUAGAAGGCCUCUCCUGGCUAAUUAAACGCUACCUUCUCGGCGUCAACGUUAUUCUAGGGGAUGAGAUGGGGUUGGGAAAGACUUUACAAGCAAUAUCUUUUUUGAGUUAUUUGAAGGUUCAUUGGAGGUCUUCUGGGCCAUUCUUGGUAUUAUGUCCACUGAGUGUGACUGAUAGUUGGGUAUCCGAAGUAGCCAAUUUUGCUCCCAAGAUAAGAGUCCUCUGUUAUGUUGGAGAAAAGGAACAUAGAUGCACCUUGCGCAAGAAGAUGUAUGAGCAUGUCAAAGGCCAGCUUUUAUUGUCUAAUGUACCAUCAUUAGCUUUUGAUAUGCUACUGACUACAUAUGACAUAGCAUUAAUUGAUCAGGAUUUUCUGUCGCAAUUUCCAUGGCAUUAUGCAAUCAUUGAUGAAGCACAGAGACUUAAAAAUCCUUCAAGUGUUUUGUAUCAUGUCCUCAAAGAAAGGUUCAUUAUGCCGAGAAAGUUGCUGAUGACUGGCACUCCUAUCCAGAACAAUCUAACUGAACUUUGGGCUUUGAUGCACUUCUGUAUGCCCUUAGUAUUUGGAAGAUUGGAGGAGUUCCUUUCAGCAUUCAAAGAAGCUGGAGAUCCUUCAUGUUGCAAUUCAGAGAUAGCUCGAAAUCAGUUUAUUAAACUGAAAUAUGUACUUGGAGCAUUCAUGCUUCGAAGAACCAAAUCAAAGCUUAUUGAGUCUGGGAACCUUGUGCUGCCGCCUCUCACUGAGAUCACUGUGAUGGCACCCUUGGUUCCUCUGCAGAAGAAAGUCUAUGUGUCCAUAUUGCGCAAAGAGCUUCCUAAGCUGCUGGCAUUUGCUUCAGGAGCCUUAAAUGCUCCUUCCUUGCGGAACAUUGUAGUUCAGCUACGCAAGGCAUGUAGUCAUCCUUACCUUUUUCCUGGUAUUGAGCCUGAACCAUAUCAAGAGGGUGAACACCUAGUUCAGGCUAGCGGGAAACUCGUAAUUCUAGAUCAUAUACUGCAGAAGCUGCAUAAUUCUGGACAUCGUGUUCUUCUUUUUGCUCAGAUGACCAAAACACUUGAUAUAUUACAGGAUUUUCUAGAAUGGAGGAAAUACUCUUAUGAGCGUCUUGAUGGUUCAGUUCGUGCCGAGGAGCGGUUUGUGGCAAUAAGAAGUUUCAGCCAACAAUCCCAAAAAGGAAGCUCAACUUCUAAAGCAGAUGAAAGCAGUGAAUUUGUCUUCAUGAUUUCUACUAGAGCUGGGGGAGUCGGACUGAAUCUGGUGGCUGCUGAUACUGUCAUAUUUUACGAACAAGAUUGGAAUCCCCAGGUCGACAAUCAAGCUCUCCAACGUGCUCACAGGAUUGGUCAAAAGAAUCAUGUUUUAUCCAUAAAUUUAGUGACAUCAAAAACAGUAGAGGAGGUUAUUAUGCGUCGGGCAGAACACAAAUUGCAACUUAGCCAUAAUGUUAUAGGAGAUGAUAUUGUUGAUCAGGAAGGGAAAGAGAUGUCAGGACCUGAAGACGGUGACUUGCGGUCUGUCAUGCUUGGUUUGCAUAAAUUUGACCCUCUAGAGAUGAGCAAUGAAAAUUCCAAUCAAAUUGACAAAAAUGAAUUGACUGCAAUAGCAGAGAGGGUUGUUGCAUUUCGCUACAAGCUACAAUCGGAAAUAGAUGACAGAAAGUUUGAGGUCAAUCCAGUAGAUAUGUUGCAUGGGACAGACAUUUUAACUCGAGGAGGUCCAGAGUCCAUUAAGUAUGACCCUGACUUAGAUGAGGCAACUUACCGUGAGUGGGUGGAAAAGUUUAAGGUAACAUCACCAUCAAACCAUGAUAGUAUUAUAGGGGUAGGAAAUAGGAGAGGCAUACUGGAGGACAAGCACCUCAAAGCCCAGGCUGCUAGGGAAAAAGCAGAGCAGAAGAAAUUGUCCAAGUGGGAAGCUCUUGGAUAUGUUUCAUUAGCUGUUGUUGAUCCUGUGAUCCCUACAGAGGACAACAUUUUGUCAGAUUCUGGUUCUGUUAAUUUUGUUUAUGGGGAUUGCACAGAUCCUUCACGAUUUUCUGCAUCAGAACCUACAGUUAUAUUCAGCUGCAUAGAUAACUCUGGAAAUUGGGGUCAUGGUGGUCUGUUUGAUGCGCUUCAAAAACUUUCAGCUUCCAUUCCGGCUGCAUACCAACGAGCUCAUGAGUUUGGCGAUCUUCAUCUGGGUGAUCUGCAUGUCGUUGAAAUUACAAAGGAUUCUGGUGAAGUAGCUAGUGGCAGUCCUGUUCGUCAAUGGGUAGCUUUAGCUGUUGUACAAUCAUAUAAUCCUAGGCAUAAGGUCCCUCGGAGCAAUAUUUCUAUUCCUGAUUUGGAAUGUUGUCUAGCUAAAGCAUCAUUUUUUGCAUCUCAAAAUUCAGCUUCAAUCCAUAUGCCAAGGAUUGGUUACCAGGAUGCAUCAUAUCGGUCAGAAUGGUAUACUGUUGAACGUCUUCUAAGGAAAUAUGCUGCCGUAUAUGGAACAAAUAUUUUUGUGUACUACUAUCGGCGUUCUGGUUGAGCAAGGUUUGUGUGAUGCUCAUUUCAUCUAUGAAAUGUAACUGUCCGUGUAUUCUAGGUUGCAGUGUUUAGUUAUUAUCUUGUUUUGGAUUUCCUUGAUGUCAGUCUUAGGAAAACCAGAGUGAAAAUAGAGUGUUUUUUUCGGAAGACUUGUUCAUCAUUCUUGCAGUGAAUGAUAUCUUUGUAAUGUAAAUAGUUGUAUUA